UGUGACUGUGUUUCGUUCGUUCGUUCGGUGUUUCGCAUCUUCGUUCUCCAUUGCGAUUGCGGUUUUCGGCAUUUCCUAAAUGAGAAAAGAUUGAUUUUUUCCAAAAUGUAAACAUUUCGGUGUUUUGGAGUAAAUAAAUGUGAAUUCGUGAAUAUAUUGUAUGAAGAAGUAGAAAUUGCUCCACCAUGCCUCCAGUUAAUUCUAAGGUGAAAAAGAACGGCGCAGAAUAUGAGAAUAUCAUAGCCAAAAAGUGUACAGCACUAGACUUUGAACAGUACAUCCAAGACAACAAGACCUUGCUACUGAAUGACCCACUGAGGGACAUACUAUUGUAUCCUACCGAUGAUGUAUCUAGUGUAGUGUUACCACGUCGCUGGAGGACGGUCACCACAGCAGUGCCGGAUGUGAGAACAGCAGCCUCUUGCCCUCUGCUCACAAGACAGGCACUGCUCAGCUAUGCUUCCAGUUGGAAUCUCAUACAUUACAAAUUCAGUAGCUACGCUGGCACCUAUCUCAACUUGCCAAGACCUAUAGAAAACAAAUUUCCGGAGGAGGUAUAUGAUAUCGACGCCGAAACUGAGAGUGAUAAUGAAACACAGGCAGCAAAACUGGACCUCGGUACCAAAGAAGGGCAUUUGCUCAAAGGACCCGAAAUCGGCUCAGAUAGGAUAUUCAGUAACCUUGCUUCAAAGUCGUUUAAGAAACGUUAUUGCUCAAUGCUUAGAGAGGCCGACGGCACUUACAUACUCGAAGUGUAUAAGGAUGAUAAGAAAACGGAUACAAAGCUCACUAUCGUAAUGGACUUUUGUUCUGAUGUUGUUAGGAAUCCCAAAAGGGGUAGGUUUUGUUUCGAACUGCGCAUGGCUGGUGGCAAAGGAUAUACGUUUGCAGCUGAAAAUGAGGAAGAUGUAGUCGAUUGGAUCAAUGCUUUCAAAGCAGCUUUGAAGAAAAAUCAGGAUAACCAGGAAGGACAUCAAAGUGAUGAGGCUUUAGAUAAAGAUGCCGACGUGUCCCUAACAGCAGAACCGCCACCUCCCACUUACGGCACUCUGAAGGGUCUGGAACACAGUAUGAAUCCGCUCCUAAUGCGCUACUCCCGCGAAACUGACAUGUCGAUAGCAGCCGCGCGCAACGAGUGCCGAUACAACAUCUUCAGCAUGCCAUACAAACGGGCCCCCUCACCUGAACCUCAACUCGAACCAUUCAAAGAACACUUUGGCCAAAGAAUUUUGCUCAAAUGCGAAAGCUUAAAGUUUAGGUUACAAGCGCCGAUAGACGGCGAUAAAGAACUGUUGUGUCAAGUAGAACCCUAUUACACGUACUUAGCGCUGUACGACGCCAGGAGUGGGAAGAAACUGUCGGAAAACUUCCACUUCGACCUCAAUCACGAAGCUGUAAGAGAUCUAGUCAAGGAUACGGAGUGCACAAAGUCAUUAGUUGAGAAUUUUAGUUACGAUGUUAAGUUAGACGUUAAUCAGAUAUCGGAAGAAUGGUUUCGAUCAAAAAGACAGGUGUUGAUAUCUGUGAACAAUCCUCAUCCGGACUUGUUCCUGGUGGUGAAAAUCGACAAAAUCUUGCAAGGUCACGUAAGUCAGGUACUGGAGCCGUACCUCAAGGCUACCAAAGACCCGAGACUUGGGCUCAAAGUACACAAAAAUGUUCAGGCUUAUGCAAACCGCGUGGGGACUUACAGGAUGCCCUUUGCUUGGGCGGCAAAACCUUUGUACAAAAUGUACAGUAAUGACUUGGAUUUAACACCGGAAUUCCCCGCCAUUUAUCGUCAAGAGCCUAACAAAAUGUCGGACGAUGAUCUGCUAAAAAUAUUGUCGGACUACCGCAAGUCGGAGAAAAUGUCUAAAUUAACUGUGAUACCUGGCUGGCUCAGUAUUAAUAUUCAUCAAAGCAACGAACAAGUACCAAAUUGUAUGUCAAACUCAUACGCUGCAUUAAAACCUUUUCCACUACCGCCUACUUCGCCACUCACAGUAGAGCUGGCAACACUGAACGUGGAACCGGAACAACCGUAUGCAGCAUACAUACACCAUUUGUAUGUGCGACCGUUAGCUUUGAAUUUCGAAUCUCAGAAAAUGUUUGCGAGAGCAAGAAAUAUUGCCUGUUCUAUCGAGUUGAGGGAUAGUGAUACGGGAGAAACUAAAUCACUUCAGGUGGUAUACGGAAGAUUCGGCAUGACGUCACAAUACCGCUGUUCAGUAUUACACCACAACGCUAACCCCACGUGGAGUGAUGAAGCCAAGAUCCGUCUCCCAGCUACAUUAACUCCCCAGCAUCAUUUGUUAUUUACUUUCCACCAUAUAUCGUGCGACCUUACCAAGAAAAAUGACGCUAAUGUGGAAACUUGUAUCGGAUACGCGUGGGUACCUUUGUUGAAAAACGAUAAGUUGGUCGACGAAGUUGUGAAUUUACCUAUAGCAACACAUUUGCCGUCUGGAUAUUUAGCCAUACAGCCACUUGGGUUGGGAAAAGGGAACACAGGUCCAGAAGUUGUAUGGGUGGAAGGCGAAAAACAACUGUUCCGAUGUCAACUGGUCUUAGACUCUACAGUAGCUACAAGGGACGCACAUUUACAUAAUCUAUUUAACCAAGCUGAAAGGCUGAUAAAGUCCAGUUCUCCCCCCACGUCGCCCUCCCCUCCCCCCUGGAAUGACGUAUGCAAUGCGCUCAAAGCUGCGCAUGCGAUCAAGUUGAGCUCGCUUAUCGCUUUCCUGCCGACGAUUAUGAAUCAACUCUUUGAACUAAUGACUGUAGAAAAAAGUUACACUCAUGAUAUGGGUUAUCAGAUUGUCAAGUUGAUAGUUCAUUUUGUGCAUAUGAUACAUGAUUAUGGAAGAAAGGACUUACUUGAUAGCUAUGUGAAGUAUGUAUUCAACUGCGUGGAAUUCAAACUCCACACGAUGUUGACGGCGCCACUACACAUGUUUGUCGACCCCAACCAACCAGACUUUUUGUUGGGCAACAAGUUCAUGCAGUAUUCUGGAUUUUUCUUCGACAUCAUUACGAAGAGUAUGGCACAGUAUCUUAUCAAUACUGGAAGAAUUAAAAUGUCGCGUCAUGAAAGAUUUCAUGCUGAUCUGUUAGAAAAUAUCGAUAAAUUGAUAACGACUGUGGAGCCUUCAUAUAUUUUACAACAACCAAUGCAAACUCAUAUUUUUAAUAAGAAUCUUGCAACUUUCCUUAAGUCUUGCCUAUCAUUUAUGGAUCGAGGCUUUGUGUUCCGACAAAUAAAGAAAUACUUAGACAAGUUCAAACUUUGCGAUCCAAAAGCGUUGUUUGAUUUCAAAUUCACAUUUCUACAAACUAUAUGUUCCCAUGAGCAUUUUGUACCUUUUAAUCUGCCGCUGCAUGCGAAUAAGUUAUCGAGAGAUGGCGAUGAAGAUCCUGCGAGGCUGAGACUCACAGAAGACUUUAUAAUGAGACACUUUCUUGCCGGAACCCUUCUUAAACAAGUUGAACAGUCAUUGCGAGAGGCGCCGUUGAAACGUAGGUCGGCGUUGAGUGUGCUCCGAGCUUUAAUGACUAAGCAUGAGCAUGAUGAUCGGUAUAGAACUCGACAGUGCCGAGCUAGGCUCGCAUAUCUGUAUUCGCCGUGGCUUACUAUUGUACUUGAAAAUGCCCACCGUCUCAUAACAAAAUCUCUGGCAAGUCCGGUCGAAAACGGUCACGAUAAAGUCGAUGGAGACGCAACUAUGAACCCAGUACUUAAUAGUACGCAGAAAGAGGCCGCCUCGGCCAACAGUACGCCGCGAAGAAAUAGGCUGACGCUACACUUUGAUCAUACGCCGGUCAGAAACUCCGCCCAUUUUAAAGAACCGCCUACAAUACCGGGCAAUCAUAUGUAUGGGAAAGAUCACGCCAACAACAUGUCACAAAGCUCAUUAGAAUCAGUAUCUACCAUGUCCGGCGGUGACUCGCUCCCUAGAAACGUUGGACGUCUAGACUUGAGCGAAAUUGGUGAUCAAGUCAAUAGGUUCGGUGUAAUGUCUCCGGAAGAAGUAAGGGAUGUCCUUUUAUGCUUCUUAUUCGUGUUGAAGUAUUUGGAUGAUGAGAGACUAGUGGACUGGUGGAAGACGCAGUCUCAAUCGCAGCAGCAAUCGUUCUUUAAUGUUUUAGAAAUAUGUGCUGAACAAUUCCAAUACGUAGGAAGGAAGAAAAUUCUAUCAGAAAUGAAGGCCACAACGCCAGACUGUAAUGGCAAACCGAAGCCUGUGAAAGCAAGGACUUUGCCCGCCAGAAUGAGUCCACCAGACUUCUCUAAAGAACCCCCAAUAGUUGUGGAGAAAAAUAAUACUGUGAAUAGGGAGAAUCUUGUCAAUCCUACAGUAACUACUGAACUGGAAGCGAUAGCAGAACACACAGUACUAUCUGCGAGCUGCCUCGCCACAGAAGUGGGGCUCACCAUCAUAGACCGCGCGUGUCUCUUCAUGAAGAACCUGGGAGCGGCUGAUGGCAUUGCUGCGAAACCUUACCUCAAGUUACUGCAGUACCCGCAGAGUGAAACUUUGUAUAAACACCUGUUUUCUGCUUUGAGAGCGUAUAUCAAUCAGUUUUCGGAGACAUUGUUUGAAGGUGGCAGCACAGUAUGUUCAGGCGUAGUCGCUGCAGUAGUACGUUUGUGCGAAGCGCGGGCGGCGUGGUUGAGGCGUGAAGCGGCCGCCGCUUUGUACUUGCUAAUGAGAGCUAACUUCCAACACGGGACUGGUGGUGAUCUCACUAGAGUGCAUUUGCAGGUGAUCAUGGCUGUAUCGAAACUGCUAGAUAAUUCAACUGCUCUAAACUGCAAACGCUUCCAAGAGUCUCUUUCUGUCAUCAACUGCUUCGCGACUGGCGAUAAAGCUAUGAAGGGAACUGGUUUGUCUAGUGAAGUGGCGGAAUUGAUGCGUCGCGUUCGCACAGUUGUUGGUGCUCGGGCUCGACUCGCUGGCGUUGGAGGGGUUGGUGCAUCAGGUGCUGGCAGUGUCCACUUGGCAGAGCUGCAGCAUGCUCUAGCGGCGUCAUGUCGCGCGACGCCGCGGCUGCGUCAUGCCUGGCUCUCCAACCUCGCCGAGCAUAAUGCUCGCCAGGGAGAUCAUGAUGAGGCUAUGUGCUGCCAACUACACAUCGCAGCCCUCAUAGCAGAGUACCUAAAACUACGAGGUACACAAACAUGGGGCGCGGACGAAUUUGCCGAGAUCUCUCUCAACAUACCUCGUGACGAAACCGGCCUUAAAAUCGACGAGGGCAUGACGGACGUUCAUUACAACGAGCAAGCUUUCCUGGACCAACUGAUGAUAUGCACGGAAUCAGUAGACAAGGCCGAAAGAUACGAACUGUUGGGCCCACUCUACCGCCUCAUCAUACCUAUAUAUGAACGACGGAAGGACUAUCAGGCUCUUCUCACCUGCUACCAACAUCUUACCAAAGCUUAUGCCAAAGUUAUCGAAGUCACCAACUCAGGAAAAAGGUUGCUUGGUAGAUUCUACCGUGUGGCUUUCUUCGGCAAAGCGCAUUUCGGUGAAGAUGAAGAAGGCAUCGAAUUCAUCUACAAGGAGCCCAAAUUGACGUCCCUAAGCGAAAUAUCGGAGAAAUUGCAGAACUUCUACGAACAAAAGUAUGGUGCUGGGAAUGUGAAAAUGAUCAUGGAUUCUGCACCGGUAAAUCGCGAAGAACUAGACAGCAAGCUAGCUUACAUACAAGUGACCUGGGUUCGCGCGGCCCCCGAAGGUGUGGUGGUCUCAGGAGGCGGGGAGGGAUCCUUCGAACGAGCCCACAAUGUACGCCGCUUCGUGUUCGAGACGCCUUUCACGAGGGACGGUGCAGCUAGGGGCCCGGUACAUCAUCAGAGACUGAGGCUCACACAUCUUACUACCGAUUCGUGGUUCCCAUACGUCAAACGCCGCGUGCCCGUCAUCGACACGCAAGUUGAGGAGAAAAGCCCGAUAGAGGUCGCUGUCGCCGAAAUGGAAGGACAAGUCGCCGAGCUACAAGAAAUCGUAAACGCUAAGGCACCUGAUAUCAAGAAACUGCAGCUAAGGUUACAAGGAAGCGUAUGCGUCCAAGUGAACGCUGGUCCACUCGCCUAUGCUAACGCAUUCCUCGACCCCACUCUUGCGCAGAUGUAUCCUGACGAAAUGGUGGAUAAACUCAAGGCUAUAUUCAAAGAGUUCCUAACCGUAUGCCACGCAGCUUUGCAACUGAACGCCAAGCUCAUCAGCUCCGACCAAGUAACGUACCACGAGGCUUUAGAAUCAAACUACUAUAAGCUCAGCCAUUCCCUCUCCGGUAUGUUAGGCCAGCCCUUACAGGACAUCUUAGUCAACGGCAACUUGAGCACGACCGUCCCAGGAGUAGAACUGGAGUCCAGCAAUGCUUGAACAUUAGUUCCUAUGAUGUCCUAGCUGGACAGCGUUUGCGCUGAACAAAUCUCGCACUUAUUGCGCUUUGAAUAAAGUCGCAUAUAGAAACCCACGGUCUUAUAUGACGUUUCUGAACUCGCGAUACUCUGUCCUGCUAGGACAGGUUAUUCGUCUCAAUAUCAAGUAUUAAUCUUAAAUGUAGCGGAAAUGUAAUCCUGCGCACGAUUUAUAAUGUUUCGAAACGAGAAGUCUAUGCCAAUUGCACGUGUUAGUGAGUGCUUACGAAAAAUGUCGUCGAUACGGCUUUGCCAAAAAAACUGACUGUCCAAUGAAUUUUCAACAAUGAGGUUUCAAGCGUUUUAAUCGCUCUACAAAAAUAGUACUGGCUAUAAAUAAUAAUUAUAGCCAACCUUGCCUUAAACCAACAAAAUCUCAAAAAAGAAGCUGAAUCAAGUCUCAAUUUGUCUUAAGACUGCUCUCCAUUUUAUGAACACAUCUUAGUCCAAUAUAGAUAGUGCACCUAUAUAUAAGUAAGGUCUCAAAAUAUUACAACUAACGGCCAGUUUCUUCAUCAAAAGUUAAAGUUAAAGUUAUGGCUAAAGUAAAAGUAACGGUCAAAUUCGUUUUUUCAAGGCUAAAGUGACAGCAAAACUAAUAGAAAAAUUGAAUUGAACCGUUACUUUUACUUUAGACAUUACUUUAGCCAUAACUUUAACUUUUGAUGAAGAAACUGGCCGUAAGAGUUGAAUACUAUUUAAAGUUUGUAUCCGAUAGCGUUAUGUACUUUUUAAUAUGCGACUAUGAUGAUGAUAAGGGAUUUAUUUAGCGAAGUCACUUUCAUGCCAUAUGAAUUUAAAAAAAAAAUAUGCGUCAUCCAAAAGAAAGUAGAUAAAUACAGAAUUUGUCUUUCUCAAGUGAAAAUACAUUUUUUUUUACUGAACAGUCCACUAUCAGAUGACUGCCAAAACAUAAAUUAUUCUUAAUUUAAAGAAACAUACAUCUCAUUUAUCAGUCAGUAAAAUACUAAUCUUUUGAACAUCAUAGCCGCAUAAUAAAAUUAAUCUGCCUUAUUAAAGGAGAUUAGAUUCAAUUGACCUCUUUACCUUUAUAAGAGUAGUAUCUGAAAACAUCGUUAUUAUCCUAUUAACUAAGGUAGGACUAUAGAUCUGAGUUCUUAGAUAAGGCUAGGUGACAUACCUAUAUGGAAGAUUCACUGAUUUUCGUAUUACGGAAUCAGAGACAAGACUCAAGCGCAAAUUCGAUUCGAUUUAUGAACUUUCAAAUCUAUGAAAAAGGCUACCCCUUGUGCUUGAGUAUCUUCCUGAAAAUCCAUACUUGAUAAUCGAAAGGGUUGUCAAAAAAAAGAAACCACGAUAGACCUUUUCUAAUCAAAAUAAUAAUUAGUCAUAAUUGGAAAAUAUAAUGUGAUAUAAUUUUUACACACACGAAUUAAAAACCUUGCCAAUGAAAACAAAUUUAUUUCACAAUUGAAUAGGACAAUAAUUGGUUUGCUAGAAUCUGUUGGGUGUCACCUGAUCUAAACUAUUAUUGUUAUUACCCUUUUUAGCAGAUAACGAGACAUAGUUUAAAUAGAGUUGUCAGUUACCUAAUAGCCUUUUAAACAUUGAGGUCAUGAUAGAUAAACUUACUUGUUUCGGCACUUAAGUGUACCUUAGUUAAUGACAUGAUUAUAUUACAUGCAUAUGUAUCGCAAAUUGACAAUUUCCACAUAGAAAUCAACAAUAACAGUGCCUAACUUCAAAACCUCACAUUAAUUUGUAUAAUUUCAUUCAUAGAGAACAUAGAUUUUUCAUUCAGGUGACAUCUGUUGAAUGCACCAACAGAUUUGUUUCAAACCUACACUGGUUAAAAUAAACAAUAAGUUAUAUUCUAAAAACAAUUCUAAAUAAGGGAGGAAAUAUACUCGUCAUAAACAGUAUUUAUAUGAACAGUCAAUUACAAAUUCCAUCCUGUGACAACCGAUUUGUUUUUAAAUAAUUAAGAUCUGAAAAACCAUUGAAGUGCCAUGACUGAUAUUUCUCUCUUAUCUAACCUAGGAACCUAUAUCUAGACUAAAUAAUAGUCUUACGAGCACAAACUAUCGAAUAAAAAUUAUAACGUAGCUAGGAUUUGUACCCUCAGUAGAAAUACCUAAGAGUAUCAAGUCAUUAGUAAACUGCUGUUUGCUAGUAUUGCCAUGCUUAAAGUAACUAGUUUAUAAGGAUUUUUUAUCCCGGUUUGAUGUCAUCCUAACGACCGAUUUCUUUGAAUAUCGUGGAACCCCUCCAUAUAGAGAAAUAUACUUUUUUAUGUCUUUCUAAAUACUUCAUAGAUUGCUAGAAAAUCUGAUAAUUUGUUUGUUAUUAAACGGUACGGAAGAAAUCGGUCUUAAGUAUCUAGUUCCUUAUUACUUUUUUGUCUUACUAACACUCUUAGUAUUCUCUGUAACUUAUUAUAUUGUAAGUUGUAAACUCUGAACAAUAAGUGUGAUGUAUUAUUUGUAUUCUUAAAUUGUAUUCACUCACUCACGAUACCACCCUAUUUUGUUAUUUCUUUUUAUGAUCGGGACCUGAACUUUGUUUUUGGUACUUUUAGGGGUCUCGUAAAGUUAUUCAUUUUUAUACAUGAUACCUACUUAAAAAUAUUGUCGCGGGUUAUCGACACAACUGUCGCUCUAACUUGAGUGGCCGUCUUUGCUGAACUGUGGAACUUAAUACAUUGAAAGUCUUCUACGAAUGCGAUGCUAGUAAAAUCAAGACAAGUAAAAACACAAAAAUAUAUAUUUAACUUUUACGAGAUCCGAUAAGGAAGAUUAAUUUUCUACAAUAUAUUAAGUACUUCAUCAAUUGCUAUUUUAUAAAUUACGAACUCAAACCUGACAUUAGAUGUAGGUAAACAUUUAUUAUUAUUUUUUAUAUCAGAAUUUUAAUAUUGAGUUAAGUACUGUUUUAUUCAUUUGUGUAAGAAAGUUUAUUACGCAAGUUGUACGUCUGUUUAAUUUAUUUUGUUGUUUGUUCGUAAUACAUAAGGCUUCAUUUAGUAUUUAUCAAUGGCUGAAAACUACGCUGUCAUGUGCUACCACGGAUACACUAUAGAUAUACUUGGCUCAGUCUCAUAUUUAUUUAUAUCGAUGUACCAGAUCAUACUAUAGAUUUCCGAGAAGCUAAAAUUAACUUUCCAAAUAAUCGUCAGGAACUAUAAACGAUUAUUUAAGUAUUAACUCAAUCAUAAUGUAGACAAAGAGUCGUAUCAUAAACAACACAAUUCGAUUUGCACGCACCCUGGCUUGUCUGUACCAGCUGAAUAAAUAAGAGCACUUAAAAAUAUGAUUUGUCUAUGUCAUGAUUGAAAGAACUGCCGUGGUGGUGACUUUAUUCUUAAAAAAAUGUAAUGUACUACAAUUUAUUCUGUACUGCCUGAUAAGAAAAAUUUUAAUUAUAUAAUACCCUUAGAGAUGGUUUACUCUCUAUGAAACAUCUUAUAAGUUGCCCUUAUUGAGCCCAAUACUGGCUACUAUAAUUUAGAUUUCUCUUAACAUGCUAUUACGCCAUAAACGUUCUCAAAAUACUCCAUUCCAUUGCUUAUUUAUUUAUAUUGAAAUAUUUGUAAGUUGGGAGAGGGUUACAUUAUUAUUCAUCAUGCUAUAUUUAUUUAUGUAUGAAUAGUGGAAUAAAUCUCGUACUCAA